CAAAGAUGAGCGGAGCUCUCGUCCUCGCUCAUCAGUCCCUCACGAUCCUCAUCACCACCAGAAAAUUACUUCUGGCGCAGAGGACAAGCGCAUCCUAGCCAAGCGCCCGCCACGGCCUUUAUCCUAAGCCAACCACACGCAGCGCGCGCACCCAUUUCUCAAUCCACCCUCCCUCACGCGCGCGCGCUCGGCGCGCUUCUCCGGAGUUCCACGCCAAGCCCCAGCAUCUAGCUAGAAAGCUAGCCGUCGCCAUGAGCACCGGCGACACGCUCGACAAGCUCGUGGUGUUCCUCGCCAAGCGCGAUGGCAUCGACAAGCUGGUCAAGACGUUCCAGUACGUGUCCAAGCUGGCGCACUGGGGCGCCGAGUCCUCCCGCCCGGAGUUCGCCAAGCGCGCCAAGAGCUGGGAGACCGCGUCCGGGCUCAGCCGCAAGGCCUUCCGCUCGGGCCGCUUCCUGACCGGGUUCAACGCGUUGCGCCGGGCCCCCGGGGAGUUCGGCGCGCUCGCUGUGCUCGCCAACGCCGGCGAGAUGGUCUACUUCUUCUUCGACCACUUCACGUGGCUGUCCCGCGUGGGCGUCCUCGAGGUCUGGCUGGCCCGCCGCGCCAGCUUCGUCUCCGCCUUCGGCGAGUCGGUCGGCUACGUGUUCUUCAUCGCCAUGGACUUCAUCAUGAUCAGGAGGGGGCUGAGGCAGGAGCGGAAGCUGCUGAGGGAAGGCGGGAAGGACGCGGACAAGGAGGUGAGGAAGAUACGGAUGGACAGGGUGAUGCGGCUCAUGGCGACGGCGGCCAACGUCGCCGACCUCAUCAUUGGCAUCGCGGAGAUCGAACCCAACCCGUUCUGCAACCACGCCGUCACGCUGGGAAUCAGCGGGCUCGUGUCCGCGUGGGCCGGAUGGUACAGAAACUGGCCGUCGUGAACUGGGCCGAUUCGGGCCGGCAUGUUGUACGUAUGCUUAUUUUUCAUUAUUUACGUGAUGGUUUUGCCAGGAUUUGCAUCCUCUAUUUUUGGAAAGCAGCCAUGACUCAUGAAUUGCUCCAUGUAAUAUUACAGUCAAGUUAUCCAAAAAAAAAAAAGCUACAGUCGAGAAUCGAAAUGAACAUCCAACAUGCAUUAGUGCA